AUGGGCUCCAUUGGCAACGACCAGGCUCUUGCCCCUCCCCCGUCCACAGACAAUCCUACAUACAAGAUCGCCUCAAUCCCAGCAGACGGCAUCGGCCCCGAAGUCAUCUCUGCCGGCAUCGCCGUGCUCGAAACCCUCGCCUCCACAUACGGCUCCUUCUCCUUCACCUUCACGCACUUCGACUGGUCCUCGGACACCUACCUCAGCACGGGCAAAUACAUCCCGACCAACGGCCUCGAGCAGCUGCGCGCCCACGACGCCAUCCUCUUCGGCGCGGUCGGCGACCUCCGCGUGCCCGACCACAUCUCCCUGUGGGGCCUCCGCCUCGCCAUCUGCCAGCCGCUGCAACAAUUCGCCAACGUGCGGCCCACCCGCGUCCUCAAAGGCGUGACCUCCCCACUCAGCGCCUGCCAAGCCGACCCCUCGAAACUCGACUGGGUCAUCAUCCGCGAGAACUCCGAGGGCGAGUACGCGGGGCAAGGCGGACGCAGCCACGUGGGCCAACCCUGGGAAACCGCCACGGAGGUCAGCAUCUUCACGCGACACGGCGUGGAGCGCAUCAUGCGCUUCGCGUACGAGGUGGCGCGCUCCCGCCCGCGCAAGCGCCUCACCUUCGUGACCAAGAGCAACGCGCAGCGCAACGGCAUGGUGCUGUGGGACGAGGUGCACGAGCGCGUGCGGGCCGACUACCCGGACGUGACGUCCGACAAGAUGCUCGUCGACGCCAUGACGUGCCGCAUGGCGCUGCAGCCGGAGAGCAUCGAUACCGUGGUGGCGACGAACUUGCACGCCGACAUCUUGAGCGAUCUGGCCGCCGCGCUCGCGGGCAGUAUCGGCAUCGCGCCCACGUCGAAUCUGGAUCCGACGCGCAAGAAUCCCAGCAUGUUUGAGCCAAUUCAUGGCUCCGCGUGGGAUAUUGCCGGCAAGGGCGUCGCGAAUCCCGUGGGUACGUUCUGGACCUGUGCCGAGAUGGUGAGGUGGUUGGGGCAUGAGAGCGCGGCGGAGCUGCUGAUGGAGGCGGUGGAGAAUGUUAUGGGUGAGGGCGUCAAGACUAAGGAUCUGGGUGGGAGCGCGGGCACCAAGGAGGUUACCGAGGCGGUGCAGAGCGAGGUGGUGCGGUUGGGCAAGCAGAGGGGCGUGGCAUCGGGGAAGCAGGGCAAGGCGUAG